AUGGACACAAAAUCUGCUGAGCCUGCGCCUGUCGCGUCAGUCGCGACCGAGGCGAGUGGAGAUCCCGGCGAUGUUAAGCUAUUAGCCCGGAUGGGUUAUAAGCAGGAACUUCGUCGCCAGUACUCCACUUUGCAGGUCUUUGCGAUCGCGUUCAGCAUCAUGGGCCUGGUGCCCUCGAUCGCAUCAACAAUCGCGUUUUCUCUUCCCGCGGGCCCGGUCGGCAUGGUUUGGGGGUGGUUCACAGCGAGUAUAUUUAUAUUCUUGGUUGGGUUGGCAAUGGCCGAUCUCGCCUCCGCCAUGCCGACUGCGGGGGGUCUAUAUUGGUGGACACAUUACUUUGCUGGAAAUAAAUGGAAGAGGCCAUUGAGUUUCUUGAUCGGAUACAGCAACACAUUGGGAUUGAUUGGAGGGAUGUGCUCGGUAGAUUAUACCCUCGCGCUCAUGAUUCUUUCCUGCGUCUCGAUGUCCCGAGAUGAUGAAUGGACCGCCUCACGAGGUGUCAUCUAUGCCGUUUACGUUGGUCUCAUCCUCCUGCACGGGCUGUGUGGCUCCUUAGGGGGACGCCUCAUGCCGAAAAUCCAAACGUUUUGCAUCUAUAUAAACAUUGCGCUCGUUAUUGCGACGGUGAUUGCGCUUCCAGUUGGAAAGGUGACCCGAGGUGGAUCACUGAACUCAGGCCAUUUCGUCUACGGACAUACCGACAAUAAGACCACAUGGCCAGCCGGAUGGGCAUUUAUGCUGGCAUGGCUCGCUCCGAUCUGGUCAAUUGGCUCCUUCGACUCUUGCGUCCAUAUGAGCGAAGAAGCUAUGCAUGCGGGCAAGGCUGUUCCUCUUGGAAUUAUCUGGUCGGCAGGCUCUGCAUUUGUGCUCGGCUUCUUGGUGUUGUCCGUCAUUGCUGCAACUAUGAACCCUGAUGUAAGCGCGACCAUCAGCACCAAGCUCGGUCAGCCGAUGGCUCAGAUCUAUUACGAUGCUUUGGGUAGAGAAGGUGCUUUGGCCUUCAUGGCUGUACUUUGUCUCAUUCAAUUCCUCAUCGGUCUCAGCUUGAUUGUUGCGGCCUCGCGUCAAGCAUGGGCCUUCUCUCGCGAUGGCGCGCUGCCGUUUUCCACAUUCUUCCGUCACGUCAGCAAACGCAUCCAGUACCAGCCAGUGCGUAUGGUCUGUGGCAUAGCAGGUGUUUCAAUCUUGUUAGGCCUGUUGUGUCUGAUCAACUCGGCCGCCGCCAAUGCCCUAUUUUCGCUCUUUGUCGCAAGCAACUAUCUAUCAUGGGGGACCCCGAUUUUCUGUCGCCUCGUCUGGGGCCAGAAGCUAUUUACGCCGGGCGAAUUUUAUACUGGCCGUUUCAGCAAGCCCAUUGCCUGGGUUUCCGUUGUAUAUCUUCUCUUUGGUGUUAUUCUGUCGAUGUUCCCAACUGAGGGCCCCAACCCAACCCCACUAAACAUGAAUUACACUAUCGUCAUCAACGGCUUCGUCUGGUUCGGCUGUAUGGCUUAUUAUUUCCUUUUUGCCAGACGCUGGUAUACUGGGCCCCAGGUAACUGUUGAUGGGACUAGUUCAUUCCGUUCGAACAACACUAUUGUCGCCCAAGGCGUCCAGGAAACUCACACUGAUAGACCGCUUGGUUCUAAGGUGGAGUGA